AACCAAUGCACAUCCGCCCGCACUUCCGGCUCCGCCCGCGCCCCGGAUUGGCCCCGGCGGCGGCCCGUCGCGUCGGGCUGCGGACCCGUAGGACCGACGCGGUGUUCAGUCGGCGGCCGGAGAAGGAAGAUGGACGCAGCUACUCUGACCUAUGACACUCUUCGAUUUGCUGAGUUUGAAGAUUUCCCAGAGACCUCGGAGCCUGUUUGGAUAUUGGGUAGAAAAUACAGCGUCUUCACAGAAAAGGACGAGAUCUUAUCUGAUGUGGCGUCCAGACUCUGGUUUACAUACAGGAAGAAUUUCCCAGCCAUUGGCGGACAAAAGUUGGGGACCAGCUUGGCCUGGCCUUUGCCAGUCAGAAGACCUUUGACCAGAGGUUCGGGGCCAGAAGGCUACACCUCCUCAAUGCCUAGUCUUGAUUUGGUUUAUCUCCAAUAUGUGGUUUCUUCUGUUCUUCAGAAGUGAGGGGGGACCGGCCCCACCUCGGACACGGGCUGGGGCUGCAUGCUCCGCUGUGGGCAGAUGAUCUUCGCGCAGGCCCUGCUGUGCCGGCACUUGGGCCGAGAUUGGAGGUGGACACAGCGGAAGAGGCAGCCGGACAGCUACUUCCACGUCCUCAACGCAUUCAUCGACAGGAAGGACAGUUACUACUCUAUUCACCAAAUAGCGCAAAUGGGAGUUGGCGAGGGCAAGUCUAUUGGCCAGUGGUACGGGCCCAACACAGUCGCCCAGGUUCUCAAGAAACUUGCUAUCUUCGACACAUGGAGCGCCCUGGCUGUCCACAUAGCAAUGGACAACACGGUGGUGAUGGAGGAUAUCAGAAGGUUAUGCAGGAGCAGCCUUCCAUGUGCGGAGGCCACUGCGUUUCCUGCAGAUUCUGAAGGGCACUGUAAUGGACUCCCUGUGGGAGCCGAGGUCACCAACAGGUCAUCACUGUGGAGACCCCUGGUGCUUCUCAUCCCCCUGCGCCUGGGGCUCACAGACAUCAAUGAGGCCUACGUGGAGACACUGAAGGGCUGUUUCAUGAUGCCUCAGUCCCUCGGAGUAAUUGGAGGGAAGCCCAACAGUGCCCACUACUUCAUCGGCUAUGUGGGUAAGGAGCUCAUCUACCUGGACCCCCACACAACACAGCCAGCAGUGGAGUUCACUGACAGCUUCUUGAUCCCAGAUGAAAGUUUCCACUGCCAGCACCCCCCGAGCAGGAUGAGCAUCGGGGAGUUAGACCCAUCCAUUGCUGUGGGCUUUUUCUGUAAGACUGAGGAUGACUUCAAUGACUGGUGCCAGCAAGUAAAAAAGUUGUCACUGCUUGGAGGUGCCCUGCCCAUGUUUGAGCUGGUGGAGCAGCAGCCUUCCCACCUGGCCUGCCCUGAUGUCCUGAACCUGUCCUUAGAUUCUUCUGAUGUAGAGCGACUAGAAAGAUUCUUUGACUCAGAAGAUGAGGACUUUGAAAUCUUGUCCCUUUGAAAAUCCUAAAGUUGGGGGACAUCUCGACUGGCCCUUGCUGGGGGUGCCUUUGAGAGCCCAGUCUGGCCUCAGGGCGCUUGGUGCCACCGCAUUUUCAUCCAUUUUGCCCGCCUGCCCACCGCCCAUGUCCCGGCCGCUCUGCCCUCCAUGGGGGACUGCACUAUGCUCAAGGCCUCACUACAGGAGUGGGACUGCUCGGCCCAGACACUGGGCUGCUGGAGAGCCAGGAAUUGCAGGGAGCAGAACAGCAGCGGGGCUUGAGUGUUCACGGCACCUUCGUCCUACUUCCUUCAGGUUCUCAGUUCUAGGUUUUCUUUGGAAUUAAAGUCCCGUUUGAAGCUACUCGACACAGACAUGCAUUUCUGUUGGGCCUGUUCUGAGUCCAAGAAGACUGAAGACCAAAUGAGAAGCCCUGGGACUGGGCCUACAUGCCCUUCACCUGCAGCCCUGCUCAUGGCUCUACCAGGCUGCGUAGUGGGAGACAGAAGGAGUGACCACCUGGCAUCUCUCAGCUUUGGAGAGAGAAAUGGAGAGAGGUGGGGCAUGAUGCAAACCAGAGACGACUGUACAUGUGACUUGCCAGGAAAGAGCUAUAGGUAGAGCCCAAAUGGGUUCACUUUCCUUACCUUUUGGUUCCAGCAUUUUGAGAUACCCACGGGCUGCUGCUUGCUUGUUGCACUGGCUUUCCCUGGGUGGGCAAUGGGUGGUGGGUGAGUGUGGAGCUGCCCUGGUCUGUGAUCCUUGGGCCCAUGCGGGACAUGGGGGCACAGCAAACCUGGCGGGCAGAGGCUAAGGGCACCACAGACCUGCCCUCCCGGUACCAAGGCUUCAGAUGGUUUGGGGCCAAAGAAUGAAGCCCUGCUUAUGAUGCAAGACAGGCUCAUCACGUCACUUGGAGACAUUGCCAGAUCUGACUGACAGCAGCACCUGCAGUCCUGAACCCUGGCUGGGCCCAGAGAGCAUGGCUCCCAUGCAGGCUUCGAGUCCUGAAGAGUAGCCUCCGUGGGACCUGCCAACAGACACCUGGGGAGUUCAGGGAAGCGGCUCCUUCUUCCCGGGAGCCUUCCUUGCUCCCUCGGCAUCUGCAAUUUGGACAGCGGGUGGGAGCCCACCUGAUAGCAGAGAACACCCAGCCCCUGAGUAUCGUCGACAUAAGUUAAUUUGCUCUUGUCUCUCCUUCCUUCCCCAGGGAAGGAGGAAGGCUGGGCGGUCUCCAUUCCUUCUGCUGCAUCUUGGAAAUGUGCCACCCUGUCUGCUGGGCCAGGGGGUCUUGCUGCAGCCCCCACUGUGGUGCAUACGGUGGAAGUGGGUGACAACCUGACCAAAGGGGAGCUUUGUCUUAGUGAUUUGAGAAGGCUUACUGAAGAGUGUUGUCCAUUCUUAGUAUAGUUUGCAGUUCAUGGCAAAUAACAGUUUCAGUAGAAAACAAA